UACCGACUUGGAAUCUCAAACGAGGUCGUUUUUAAAGGAAACAGUGAAUCUUGUUCAGAUUUCCAUCAGCUGCUGUGGACGCCGUCGUUGGUGAGGUCGAACAAUAACGAAACCGGUUUCUUGCAAAGGCCACGUCUAGAUCCUCUGCUCCACCAACAGAUCAAUGGAAAGUAAAGUCAGCGCCCCGCCUAAAAACAAUUGGAAACAAAUGGGACACGAAGAGACGACAGUCACAGUUCAUCAAGAAAUGAAACGAGUUCAACAGCUUCCUUCUAACAGCGCCUACGCUACUCAUCGGUUCCGGGUUUUAAACAAAAUUCUGCAGCUUUUGUCCAUUCAGAGAACUGCAUCUCAGGAAGAGGAACUGGAGUUGCUAUUCGCAGGGCUUUCUCUGUGAUCCAGUACUAGCUUGCAAUUGGUUGGUGCAGUGAACUCCUCUGUACAAGUACAAGAAUAUAGAGUUGCUAAGGUCUCGUUCGAUAAUUGUUUCGUUUUUAAAAAUUAAGCCUAAAAAUACUACUUCCAUCUUGUGUUUCGUUGUUUAUCUACUAUUUAAAAAUGUUUGUAAAAUUUGAAAACUAAAAGAAAAAAAAGGUAGAUUUUAAAAACUUAUUUAAAAACAGAAAAUAAAAAACGAAAUGGAUAUUGCAGGCCUAAGUUUUCGUCGGUCAUCUGGUUUAGUUUAUGGUUUCUGUAUCAAUAUCCUCAAACUUUAAGUUACAAAAAGAACUACUUUGUGGGAACGAAAAGAAUUACUUCCAGUGUGAAUGUCCAACGUUCUUGGUUUCUAUCACUUUCAUCUCCUACCAUUUUUCAAUUAAUUUGAAUUUGCUUA